UACACAUACAACCCAAGUCAAGCUCAAUUCGGUCAUCCAAGCCUUUUGGUCAUCUUUCCAGGCUUUCAGAAGCUCUAUAAGGGCCCGAUACUUAUAAUCCUAGUCGUUUCUUCUACUUAUCAUCAUGGCUGCUAACGAGCAGGAUCCAUUGCUCCUGCUGCGGCAGUCCAUCGCAUCGAAACGACCUGCGGUUCCCACAGCUUCAGCCGAUGCUUCUGCGACCGAGGUUCCUCUCUCGCAAGCUACCCAUCUACUCUUCUCGCACCCAGCUCCAGUUUCUGUAUCGCUCUCGACACCGACGCGUUUCAUUUCAAGCGACCGCCCGGUCGACCUGCGAUCUAUCUACUUCGCCUGGCUAAACAAGGAUGUUGCGAUUCCCGAAUACAACGCGAGCGCUACCCGCCUCAACGAAGAAUUGGGCAGCCUAGGCACUGUCCAAAACCUUGCCUUCGUCGAACGUUUAGACUUGUUCACUUGGCUGGAAGGCGCUAGUGAGGAGAGUGAACACAUCAAGCCUUUGGCUGGCGACAAGGACGGCAAGGAGGGAGCUAGUGCGAGCGCGUCCAAGACUGCCCCAGCAACUGCGGCGAGUCGAGCUGGACGAGGCACUUUGGAUCCUAGAUUGGCGGUCAUCUACAAUGGAGAGCGCAAGAUGGGGGAUCGCAACUCUGUGUUGCGCGGCGUGAAGCACACGGACUUCUCUCAUGUCCGCAAGCUCGCUGUUCCUUUCAUCCAGAAGAAACCCAAUGGCUCGUCGAACAUAAGCGCCAACCCAUCCCUCGCGCUCAACCAGAAGGCUCCAACGAGGCGACCAGACCCGAUUAUCCUCCUCUCGCCCUCGGCCUCCUCCCUUCUGCGCCUGUCCAACAUCCGCUCUUUUCUCGAGUCAGGGCGCUACGUGCAGCCCGACGGCAGCGCUGCUGCUAGCAUGCUGCACGUCUCCCGCGUCAUGAAGGAUAUCGACCCGUCGCGGCCCAUGCGUUUCAUUCUCGUCGAGGGCCCUGAGCAGUUCAAACCCGAGUACUGGAAUCGCGUUGUCGCAGUCUUCACCACUGGUCAGUCGUGGCAGUUCAAGAACUACAAGUGGAGCUCUCCUCCGGAUCUGUUCCGCCGUAUUUUGGGCGUCUUCAUCGGCUGGCGCGGGGAGCAACCGCCAGACAGCGUAAAGGACUGGGGCCACCGCGUGUUGCAGCUCGGCGUUGAUCGCUGGCGUGAUGGAACUGGUGCUCAGGAGGCGGCCAAGUUCAGGGACAAGGAAGCUGCAGAGUCGAUCUGGCGGGCAAUUGAGGCGAACAUGAAGAACAAGGGAUGGACAAAAACCACUGCGCCAACCCAGCUAUGAGUUUCCAUCAGAGCCUCUUAGGAUGACGCACAGAGAUGGCUGUCAUUGAUGCUGCGGGACCGAGGACUAGGGUACUCGACUUCCCCAUAACAACCAAGGUCUACCAUACAUGUAAAAGUGAAAACACAGAGGGGCUGGGAAAUAAGUUCACAGCGAUGGCGUUCAAGGAUUGAUUUGUGCCAGGCGGCUAGCAGAGGGGACUGCUCUGGGGCAACUUUUAAGGUACCGGAG